AUGAAACUGCAAGAGUUCACAACCCGAAAGUUGUUCAGCAAGAUUAGUAGAGAGAAAUCAAUGGACUCAGGGCUUCAAAUCCCAGAUGAUAUAACCUCCAAUAUCCUCAAAGGACUUCCAGCAAAGUCCCUCAUGCGAUUCAAAAAUGUCUGCAGGUCAUGGUACGCCCUAAUUUGUGAUCCUUAUUUCGCCCGUCGCCACCAUAUCCAUUCGCAUAACAGGCCUGAUGCUUCCUAUAUACUGUUUUAUGCACUAAGACGCAAUAGCAAAGCAAUAGCUCUUUUUCCAACAAAUUCUGAUGGAAUUCUUUCCACCCAACUUCCGCUGCAUAAAUUCCAGCUCAAUUUCGUACCUUGCACUAGUGUUGUCAAUGGCCUAAUCUGUUUGUGCAAUGCCUCUAAUCUUCAACUUCUUUACGUGCUUAAUGUGACCACAGGGGAAACAAUGCUCCUUCCACAGGGGAAACAUUGCCGAUUCGACCCUGUGACAGUCAAGUAUAAGUUGCUUUAUUUUCAUAGAGAUGCAGGUGCAGGUAUCAAACGUGAAUGCCACAUUCUCACACUCGGCUCUAUGUCAUGGAGGGAGAUACAUUGCCCAAACUAUGGUGAAACCAUGCGUGCCGUUUCUUUUAACGGAGCCAUAUACUGGAAACAUAAGGCAGUCAUGAAUGGAAAAAGAUCUUUACUUUACUUUGAUGUCGGGCAGGAGAAAUUUGUAGUAAUUGAAACUCCUCCUGAAAUUGAUAGUGCCGGAGGUACCAUUUCACUCAUCCAAGUUGGAAAAGAUGUGGGUUAUCUCUGCAUCAAAAAUUUUUGCCGCAGUUGGACCUUAUGGACAUUGAACAUUGAUGAUCAUCCGGCUUGGUUAAAGGAUGAGAAAUGUCUUCAGGAUCCGGAUUUAGAGGGCCCUUUCGUUGAUAGACUGAUUGGCAGCACCAACACGGGCGAAGUCAUGGUAAAAGCAAUUAGGUUCAAGCUUGGUUUUAUUUGGCAUGACCAUGUUGAUGCAAAGGAGCCACCGAUAUACGAGUUUUAUGAUAUGAGAACAGGAAAGAGUAGGAGGCCUACAAUCGAUUUGCCUAGCCUGCUUAAGAAAGACGGGAAUGGGGAUCCAGUGUUAGGUGAUGUUGCUUCUUGUCAUCAUGUGGAAAACAUUCUCCCUUUAAGAUCCCUAAGUGCCUAG